UCCGGUGAGCGGCAGCCGCCGGUUAUGACGACUCCCUCCUCCCGAGCAGCUGCCGCCUCCUCCGUAGCCCGGCUCCCCCGGCUCCAGGCCUGUGGCAAUCCAGUCAAGGGAAGCGGAGGGAGCCAGCUGUUUUGUGCUGAAGGAAAAAGUAGCUCAGCCGCUAAAGCUUCCAUCCGCUGGAGAAGUGCGCCCGCCCAUCCCUGGGGGCUGUCUUUGCAAGAGGACUCUACACCCGAAAGGCUCUUUGCCAGGCCCUGGGGUUGUGGUUUCAUGCACCAGCAGUCACCGCCUUCUAGUUUAUACAAGUGGAUACGUGCCCUCUGCAAAUGCCAGGUUUUGGAGACCUGAAACAUCACAACAGCUUCUGGGGAGGUUCUGAGGAUUAAGGAGGUUUGGCGGUUGCUAUGUUAAUGCUGCUGGUCUUCGGAGUGCUGCUUCAUGAGCUCCCGUUGAGUGGCCAAGACAAGGCUCCUUCCCAGGCCGAUGGCGUUCCAGGCUCACCUCUCUUUAACUAUGCCAGCCUCCGCCUGCCUGAAGAGCACAUGCCCUUCUUUUUGCACAAUAACAGGCACAUUGCCACGGUCUGUGGGAAAGACUCGCAUUGUCCUUAUAAGAAACACUUAGAAAACUUAAACUACUGCUGGGGUUAUGAGAAAUCCUGCAAACCAGAGUUUAGGUUUGGUUACCCUGUUUGCACCUACGUCGACAUGGGAUGGACGGACACUCUUGAAUCAGCCCAGGACAUAUUCUGGAGGCAAGCUGACUUUGGAUAUGCUGGAGAGCGGCUGGAGGAACUCCAUGUGCUCUGCCAGCCCGAGGAAACGAAUGACUCAAGUCUUGUGUGUUCCCGUUACCUUCAGUACUGCAGAGCAACCAAUCUCUACCUUGAUUUAAGAAACAUCAAGAGAAACCACGACAGAUUUAAGGAAGAUUUUUUCCGGAGUGGGGAAAUCGGAGGACACUGUAAACUUGACAUUCGUAUGUUGAUGUCUGAAGGUCAGCGCAAAAGCCCUCUGCAGUCUUGGUUUGCUGAGCUACAGAGCUACACUCAGCUCAACUUCAGACCUGUAGAAGAUGCUAAGUGUGACAUUGUUAUCGAAAAGCCAACCUACUUCAUGAAAUUAGAUGCAGGUGUUAACAUGUAUCACCACUUCUGUGACUUCGUCAAUCUGUAUAUUACUCAGCACGUUAAUAACUCAUUCAGCACAGAUGUGUACGUCGUGAUGUGGGACACCAGCACCUACGGAUACGGUGACCUGUUCUCUGACACGUGGAAAGCGUUUACUGAUUAUGAUGUUAUACAUUUGAAAACUUACGAUUCCAAAAGGGUAUGUUUUAAAGAAGCUAUUUUUUCCUUACUCCCCCGGAUGAGAUAUGGGCUGUUCUAUAAUACCCCUCUGAUAUCUGGCUGUCAAAACACGGGAUUGUUUAGAGCAUUUUCCCAGCAUGUACUACACAGACUGAACAUCACCCAAGAGGGACCCAAGGAUGGAAAAGUUCGAGUCACCAUUCUUGCACGGAGCACAGAAUACCGGAAAAUACUAAACCAAAAUGAGCUUGUUAACGCACUGAAAACAGUAUCUACAUUUGAGGUCCAGAUUGUCGAUUACAAGUAUAAGGAGCUUGGGUUUUUAGACCAGCUAAGGAUCACGCAUAACACAGACAUAUUUAUUGGAAUGCAUGGGGCUGGUCUUACCCAUUUACUUUUCCUUCCAGACUGGGCUGCUGUGUUCGAACUGUACAAUUGUGAAGAUGAGCGCUGUUACUUGGACCUGGCCAGGCUGCGAGGCGUCCAUUAUAUCACUUGGCGAAGGCAGAAUAAAGUCUUUCCUCAAGAUAAGGGCCACCACCCAACUCUGGGGGAGCAUCCAAAGUUUACCAACUACUCUUUCGAUGUAGAAGAAUUUAUGGACCUUGUCCUGCAGGCUGCAGACCAUGUCCUACAGCACCCAAAGUGGCCGUUUAAGAAAAGACGUGAUGAGCUGUAAAUGUGUUGAAGCUUUUUGAAAAAAGGGAGUGUUUGCACAGUCCCCCAUCCAGACUCACCUCACAGUUAAGUCAGUAAAGCAGCCUGUUAUUUCCUAGUCCCUAAUUACCCUUUUUUAAAUACCAAAACAUGCCUUCAGGAUAUUAUUUACGUGUUUUAUAGUCUUUAACUGUUUCAUGUGAUUUUUGUGUUAUUGCUGUUUAUCAAGAUACUGUUUUUGCACUGAGAACUUUCUAUAGUUCAGAAAUUGGGCUUGAGCUCGCAUGUGUAGUUGAGCCUUCUUCUUAGGGAUACCAAAGUUUGCAACCAUCUUAGCUUUAGAAUUUGUAAAUGUUUUUAUUGAAUACCAUGGGAUGGUAAUUCUAGGGGCUUCCAACGUAUUUGGGUAAAUUCACGACAACUUACUUAUUUGCUACGAUUUGUUCAUAGCGCUGUUUGUGGUAAAAAAGGAAAACAUGCCAACACACACGAUUGUGGUUCUCAGUACCAAGCUCUAGGGAUCAGUGUUCUAUACAGGUCUGUUUUCCUCUGUCAGAGUCCAAAGUAACUCCCACUGAAUUCUCUGCUGUAUCUUUUUAGUGAGUACUAGGUGAUGUGCAUCAGGGACCUGAAUACAGUGUGUGUCACGUUAAUUCACAUUCACAUGUUUCAUAUGCAGAUCAUGUUUUCCCCAAAUGUAACAACCACAUAUGGUAAAAAACAAAUGAGAACGUUCUGUAGGGCUGUUUUUAUACCUUCUAGCUGCUUUCCGCUGGUUCCUUCUCAGUCAUGGAGAGGAUUCUUAUAUCAAACAGUGGUUUCAUUGCGCACGUAUUUGUAACUGCAGAUUCCAGUGUGUCUGCAUCGACAUGUUUUAGCGUGGAACUAUUCCAGUCUUUGAUUUUUGCAAACUUCAGAUUAACCACAAGAAGGAAAUUUUUUCCCUAUUAAAAAAAAAGUAAAGACCAAAAAAAAAAAAAAAAAA